AUGAACAGGAGGGACGAGGAGAGGCAGAAGGUGGAAGGUUCACUGGCUGCAGUGGUGUUCUUCAGCAUCAGCUUGAUGUGCGAGAUGCGGGGUCGCACGCUGCGUCUUCCGUCGCAAAUCGCAUACAGAGAGGCAGGACGAUACGAGUCGCACGACUUGUUGUAUGGUGAUCUCCUCGAUACCCUGCCACAACCGCUCAAAGAUCUUGCCCAACGACACCGCGACAACCACGACGAAGCGGAAGAAGAAGACACAGCCAGUGUUGCGGAAAAGCGCAAGCAGCUCGAUAAUCUCAAUCCUCCGCCCGAAGUGCAGCCGGCCAUCUCGCACCCCCCACAAUCUUCAGUUGUCACCAACCUAGCGCUGUCCUCCCUGGUCCUGAUCCAGCGAUCCCUCGACGCGCUCCAUUCUUCCCAUACACUUGCAUCUCCAGUCUACGCCCACUGCAUCGGCCUGCUCAACAGUCUCUCGUCCCACAUGACCGAGCUCGAGCGCAUCCGCGACACACCCAUCCCGCUUUCCGUGUCGCGUCACUUUUCUCGUCUGCUUGUCAUCCACACCGUCUUGCUGCCGGUGGUGGUGGUGCAGAGGUUGGACGGGCAACGUUGGUGGUUGUGUGCGUUGAUAGUGGGCGUGGUGACGAGCAUGCUGUACGGAGUCGAUAGCUUCGCAACCAGGCUGGGCCAGCCGAUGGGGUUGGACAGGGAGGAUCUGCCGUUGGAGAGGUAUGUGAAGCAGGUGCAGGACGAAUGGAUUCAGAUGAGGAGUGUCGGUCUUGCUGCAGAUUGA